AUAUAAUAUAUUUUCAAACAAUGCAAACAGUUUGGACCUUAAUACAUCCAACAAGAAUAAGUGUAUAGAAAACGAUAAAGAAUUUAUUACCAUCUGGGUAAGAAUUUUUUGGUACUGUAACAAGAGAUAGUAGAAACAAGACAUGCAAAGUAAAUAAAUAUGAUAAAAGUAAUUAGGUGAAAGUAAGCUACAAAUAUUGGCAUAAAAAAUAUAAGUCAUAUUUUUCUGAUUCUUCUGUAUUCAUAACACAUGACGAAGAUAAUUUUUGUAAGGUUGGUGAUAAAGUUGUGAUUAAACAUUGUUAAAAAACAGGUGGAAAGUAUUACUAUGUAAGAAAUGUCGUGGUCCCAAUAGGCAGAAGUCCAUCAGAUGUGUAAGAUGAAGUAAUGAAAGAGCUCUAGUAAUAAUUAUUGCUUAUAAUUAAUUUAGAAAUAUUAGAACUCAAUUGGUUUAAUCGGGGUUGUGAUUUAUUAUUCAUACAUAAAAAUAUUUACAAAUAA